AUGGUCCCCACCUCCCUGUUGGCCACUGCUUUUGUUGCACUGUUCCUGGUCCAGCUAUGGCGCAUCGUGCAGCGUCUCUUCUUCCACCCGCUUGCCUCUGUUCCCGGCCCUAAGCUUGCUGCUGCCUCAACACUGUACGAGUUCUACUGGAAUGCUGUCCGCGGCGGAAAGUUGUUCAUGAGAUGGGAAGAAAUGCACCAGAAAUACGGUCCCAUCGUUCGUCUCGGGCCCGACGAAGUCCACAUCUCCGAUCCGGCGUAUUGGGAUGUGCUUUACAACAGCACAAACAAACUGGAAAAGUACGCUCCCUUCUACUGCUUUGAUGGCGGAUCCAACGCCACCGGAGUCACCACCGUCAAGCACGAGGUCCAUCGCAAGCGACGCGGCGCCAUAUCAAAAUUCCUCAGCGCCGCCAAUGUCUCCAGACUUGAACCGCACACUCACGUACACCUCAAGAAGAUGCUGGACAGGUUCGCCGAGCUUGGAAGGGCCGGAAAGCCGUGUGACUGCUUCAACGCCUUCCGAAGCCUGACCAUGGACGUCAUCUCCACCAUCUGCGAACCCGAUCCGCGACACAAUCUGGAUGAGCCCGACUUUGCUGCCGCCAUGCACCGAACUCUCCGCACCGCCGCUAGGACCAUGGACGUCCAGAAGUUCAUCCCAAUCAUGCAGAUAAUGAAUUUCGUGCCCAUUGCCGUCUGGCGAUAUCUGGACCCCGAAGUUGCAAAGCUGAUGGAAAAAAGAGCUGUCUUGCUCGACACGGCGAAGAAAGUCCUCGCUGAAGGAGGACAGCCCGAUUCGAGAGAACCUACCGUCUUGGAUGCAAUCGCAUCAUCCGAUCUUCUUCCACCAGAAGACAAGACCGCCGCCCGCAUGGCCUUCGAAGCCGAAAUGGUCCUCGGCGCCGGCACCGAAACCACCAGCAACACCCUCGGCAACCUCGUCUACCACGUCCUCUCCAACCCCGCCAUCCACUCGCGCCUCCGCGCCGAGCUGCAAUCCUGCUCCGCCACCCCGCCCUCCCACCUCCUCGACUUCCGCACCCUCGACAAGCUGCCCUACCUCUCCGCCGUCAUCCAAGAAACCCUGCGCGUCGCCUCGCCCGUCUCCGGCCGCCUCCCCCGCGUCAACCCCACCAGCCCCAUGACCUACACCACACCCGGAACCGGCUCCGGCGCGCACCAGCAGCAAAAGACAUACACCUUCCCCCCCGGCACCGUCAUGUCCAUGUCCCCGCGCGACCUCCACAACAACCCCGCCAUCUUCCCAGACCCGCAGCGUUUCGUCCCCGAGCGCUGGCUGGCGCAUGAGGCCGAUCCCGAGCGCCGACGGGUCAUGGACAGGUAUUGGGUGCCUUUCAGCCGCGGCAGCCGCAAUUGCGUCGGCCUCGAGCUGGCGAAGCAGGAGAUGUGUCUGGUUGCGGGCAACUUUUUUCGGCGCUUCGCCGAGGUGGAGCUGUUUGAGACGACGGAGAGGGAUGUGAGGGUUGAGCAUGACUGGUUUGCGCCGUAUGGGCCGGCGGAUAGUAAGGGCGUGUGGGUUAAGGUUGGGGGGUAG